AUCUACCUUUCUUAAAUCUCUUGGUCAAAGGAAAGACCAAUCUUAGCGUGUGAUCCAAGGUGAUCCAAAAUUCUACAUAACACGUGGCUUCCUCUUUUCCGUACUUUUCCUCAUUAAGUCGGCAAUCUCCUCUUAUAAAUCUACGUUUUUCCUCCUAAUUUCGCAUCAAGUUUACAAUCGUCUUUUCUUUUAAUAUUUGUUCAAAGCUUUCGAUUACAAAUCCCUCGCGAAAGAUGCAGAUCUUUGUAAAAACUCUUACUGGUAAGACCAUCACCCUCGAGGUGGAAAGCUCCGACACAAUUGAUAAUGUCAAGGCCAAGAUCCAAGACAAGGAAGGGAUCCCCCCUGACCAACAGAGGCUUAUCUUCGCUGGGAAACAGCUAGAGGAUGGCCGUACCCUUGCUGACUACAACAUCCAAAAGGAGUCCACCCUCCAUCUUGUCCUUCGUCUCAGGGGUGGCAUGCAGAUCUUCGUGAAAACCCUCACUGGCAAGACAAUCACCCUUGAGGUUGAAAGCUCCGACACAAUUGAUAAUGUCAAGGCUAAGAUCCAGGAUAAGGAAGGGAUCCCUCCUGACCAACAGAGGCUUAUCUUUGCCGGUAAGCAACUGGAAGAUGGUCGCACCCUUGCUGACUACAACAUUCAAAAAGAGUCUACCCUCCACCUUGUGCUUCGUCUCAGGGGUGGCAUGCAAAUAUUUGUCAAAACUCUUACUGGCAAGACAAUCACCCUUGAAGUGGAAAGCUCCGACACAAUUGAUAAUGUCAAGGCCAAGAUCCAAGACAAAGAAGGUAUCCCUCCUGACCAACAGAGGCUUAUCUUUGCUGGAAAACAAUUGGAGGAUGGCCGCACCCUUGCUGACUACAACAUCCAGAAAGAGUCUACCCUCCACCUUGUCCUUCGUCUUAGGGGUGGCAUGCAGAUCUUUGUAAAAACGCUCACUGGAAAAACCAUCACUUUAGAGGUGGAGAGUUCUGAUACAAUUGAUAACGUUAAGUCCAAGAUUCAGGACAAGGAGGGCAUCCCACCAGACCAGCAGAGGUUAAUUUUUGCUGGGAAACAACUUGAAGAUGGCAGAACCCUUGCAGACUAUAACAUUCAAAAGGAAUCUACCCUCCAUUUGGUGUUGCGUCUUCGUGGUGGUAUGCAAGUUUUUGUGAAGACCCUCACAGGAAAGACUAUUACCUUGGAAGUUGAGAGUUCUGAUACGAUUGACAAUGUGAAAGCUAAGAUCCAGGACAAGGAAGGUAUUCCACCGGAUCAACAGAGGCUGAUUUUUGCUGGCAAGCAGCUGGAGGAUGGGAGGACCCUUGCUGAUUAUAAUAUUCAGAAAGAGUCAACCCUCCACUUGGUGCUUCGCCUGCGUGGUGGAAUGCAGAUAUUUGUGAAAACUUUGACCGGUAAAACCAUUACGUUGGAGGUGGAGAGCUCCGACACGGUUGAUAAUGUUAAGGCCAAGAUCCAAGAUAAGGAGGGUAUCCCACCUGACCAACAGAGGUUGAUUUUUGCCGGAAAGCAGCUCGAGGACGGGAGGACCCUUGCGGACUAUAACAUUCAAAAGGAGUCGACCCUGCAUUUGGUUUUGCGCCUUAGAGGAGGGAUGCAGAUAUUUGUCAAGACCUUGACUGGGAAAACCAUCACCCUGGAGGUUGAGAGCUCGGAUACGAUUGACAAUGUAAAAGCAAAGAUUCAGGACAAGGAGGGAAUUCCCCCGGAUCAGCAGAGGUUGAUCUUUGCUGGGAAGCAGUUGGAGGACGGUCGAACCCUAGCUGACUACAAUAUCCAGAAGGAGUCUACUCUGCAUCUUGUCCUUCGCCUCCGUGGUGGUUUCUGAUUUGGGUCCUUUUGCCAUUCUGCCUUUGGUGUGGUCUUGUUUUCUUUUUAUUUCAUGAUGUUUAGCCAUUAGAUAAACUGUGUUUUUUAAGGUAAUGAUACUUUGGUGUGAAGUGGUUAGAGAGCCACAACUCACUUACUAUAUUAAAUAAGGUUCGGACUAUUUCAUAA